AUGGUCACAGUCGCCCAUAUCCAAUCCGCCGUAAACGGAAUCGUUCUUCCCGGAUCCGAUCUCCUUCACCCCGGGGAACACGGUCUCAAGGGGCUCGGCCUCCAUUUAUCGGACCGGAACCAAGAUCAUCUCGGUCACAACCAUCAUCCCGAUAAUGAGGAAGCCUGUGACGAGGAUACAGCCGGCGAUACGGCUAGUUGGCUCCUCAACCCGUCCCUCAACCCCGCUGCCGCCGCCGCCGCCGCCGCUGCCGCUGCCGCUAGUCGGCUCGGCAGCAGUAGCGACCCGCUGUCGUCCCUCCCGUUCUCGAACAUCGGCAUGUACCCCCCAUCUCUCGGACUUAACCCGACGUCCCUCUUCCCCCACCCGAACGCCCUCUCGCUCAUGAUGAAACCUCCUACUUCCGCUUCCGCGAACCCCACCGCCGCCGCCGCAGCCGCUGCCACGAUGAGCGCGCUCCCGCAGUCUCGGCUCAUGAAAUCAGGAGGCGCGGAGGGAGCAGCAGCAGCAGCAGCAGCAGCAGGAGCAGCAGGAGGAGCAGAUCUGUUGUUCGACGUUGAUCCUUUUUUGAAUCUGGAGACGUUUGCUGCUGCUAGCGCUCACAAUCACAGCCAUGGGCACCAUGCUCUUGCUCGUGGUCAUCUUGCCGCGGCUGGGGAUCUACCAACUAGUGCGCAACUGCUGCAGAGCCUGGCUGCCGGAGCUGGCUUAAGUUCGGCAGGGCUAGGCACUGGUGAUGAUGUGGGCAGUGCUGACGUGGACGGUGCUGACGUGGACGGUGCUGACGUGGAUGGUGCUGAUGUGGACGGAGGAGUAGGGCCAGGGAGGGAAGCAGGAGCGGGGGAGGGCGAAGAGGAGGGAGCAGCGGGAGAGGAGUGUUGGAAACAAUUGAUUUAA